AGUUUUGUUUAAAUAUGUUUUAGCAUACGUCAAAACUUGUGUGCUCAUAUUUGUGUGUUUAAAUAUAAGUUAAUUUAGUUCUUCGUAAUCGAUUUAAGCACGUUGCCUAUAUAGAUAAGAUCCAUCGUUUUGCGGUUGGUAACAGAAGGGCGUUGACAUUUAAUCAAAAAGGCAAAACGUGAAGAUGCAACUGUGACAUUAAUUCGCCAGUAGCAACUUUUUCGGAUUUGUUGUUACGGUUGAUUUUUCUUAUGAACUGAACAAAAAAGAUGUCAAUUAAUUUAACAAAAAAUAAAGACGCUUUGGUGGCUGCUUGGCACAGCGUAGUCGACGAUAAAUCGUCUACUAACUGGGCCUUGUUUGGAUACGAAGGACAAACUAACAACUUAAAAGUAGUUGGUACUGGAAAUGGAGGUCUGGAAGAAAUGAUUGACCGUUUAAAUAGUAGUCAUAUCAUGUAUGCCUUUUGUCGUGUAAUAGAUACUAAAACAAGUCUACCAAAAUGUCUCUUAAUAAAUUGGCAAGGAGAAGGAGCACCAAUUGUUAGAAAGGGCACUUGUGCAAAUCAUAUUAGGGAUGUAGAAAAAUUAUUAAAAGGUGCACAUAUAACAAUCACUGCUCGCUCUGAAGAUGAUGUUGAAGUGGAUUCCAUCAUGGAAAAACUUGCUAGAGCAACAGCUUCGGCAUACAAAUUUAAUGAACCACGCGGGGAAAACGAAGGUAAUACAGGUCCUGUGGGUACCACAUAUCGCAGAGUAAUUCCCGAACAAGAAAUAAAUGCAACAGAACGUGAUCAAUUUUGGCAAAGGGAAGAAAUGGAAGAGAAGAAAAGACUGGAACAAGAACGUAUAAAAUGUGAAAAAGAACGGCAACGGCUUGAAGAAGAAAUUAGAACUAGAGAAGAAAAAGAAGCAAUGCUCAGAGAACAACAAGUCACUGCCAAAGAAAAUUCAAUAGCGCGACAAAAGUUGGCGGAGCAACGUGCUGAGGAGGCGAAUAAUAAAUUUAAUCAACUAGCCGCAAGUCAACACUAUAGCAACGAUGUUGAAGACGAUCAUAAAUCGCGAAGCGAAGAAUUGCGACGACAAAGAAGUAAAGAAACGCAACAGUUAAUUGCUCAAAGAACGAUAAAUGCAAGAGCUGUUUUCGAACAGAAUUCGGCAGCUGGUCAAAUGAAGUCUUCUCCAGUGCAGCAACAAUAUAUACCGAAGAAUAGUCAUGUAGAAGCAGCUAAAAAGGCAUUCGAGGAGAGUCAGCAAAAAGAGAUACUCCAUACAAAAGUGGAAGAGGAAGUGAAAACAGAAGUGAAUAAAACACAUAACUUAGAUGUAGUAACCACCACCGCUUCAAAUGCAUCUUUAUCUCCGAAUCAAAUUCCGAAUCAAGUUAUCUCCGAGUCUAAAUUGCCAGAGCCAGAAGAAGAACCUGAGCAACAAUCGGCGACGAAGGAAGCAAUUACUGAAAAUGAGUUGUACAGUCAAAUGGAUGGUCAGUACUUAUAUUUUGACCCAAAUAAUGAAGGAAUGAAAGCAAGAGCCUUAUAUGACUACCAGGCAGCUGAUGAUACAGAAAUUACUUUUGAUCCUGGAGAUAUUAUUACACAUAUAGAUGCUAUUGACGAAGGAUGGUGGCAAGGUCUUGGUCCCGACGGUACUUAUGGACUUUUUCCUGCUAAUUAUGUCGAAGUUAUUGAUUACAAUACGACAUGAUAAGAAAUAUUCUUGUGCAAAUAGAAGAUCUCUUUUCCUAAUUAAAAGGAAACCAUACUUGCUUUUUCGCAUAUAAAAGUGACAUUCAGUAUUUUCAUGGUUCUGAUGACUUUGCACUUUUCUUUUAAUAAUAGCAAUGUUUAGGUACGACGUAUUUCGAAGAAUGAGAAAAACAAUAUAUAUUUAAAAUAAAACAAUAACUUAUGUUUAGGUAUUAAAUGCACACCCAAUAACGAAGGAAUUUAAUAUCUCUGAUAAUAAUCACAUAAAAGAUAAAUAUUGUUAAUAUUUUAGCGAACAAGAUUUUAAAAAUUAAUAGUCUUACAAUGCCACUUCAUAUACAAAUGGCGAAGUACGUCUUCCCAUGUUCAACGUCACAAACUAAAUAAAUUAGCGGUAAACAAAUAUAUCUUUUUAUAACAUUCUACGUCGAAAAUCGAUGCGCUCAUAGAUAUAGCGUAUUUAAUAAUUUAGCAAAUACCCUUUAAAUACAUUUACAAAAUGUAAUAACGAGUAUUUAGGAGUAUGUUUAAUUCUUUAAACAAUAAAUUAAAUUUGUUAUAGUA